AUGUCACAUUCGUCAGAAUCUAAGAACAUUCCGGCAAACAAGAAGCCAUAUAAGAAUUUGCACACUUCGCCGUACAAGUUACAGGCCAGUGACAUUUAUAAUCCCAAUGACAGUCCAUUAAUUAACAAGCCUGUUUCCAAACAUAACGGAAUGAGAUUACACUUACGGAGUCAUAGUUAUGGCUACAGUAAUGAUAAGAAAGAUGUAACUGGAGGAGACAUACCAGUGCCUAAUUACGCACAUAAUAAUACUCCAAAUUGGAAGACUUUAAUCCCUCCUAUGCCAUCAUAUCCGCAACCUAGUUACAAGACUGAUAAAAGACUGCACUCACCUUCGCAACUGCAACAAAAACCAUUUCAAUCCCAACCAAGCACUCAAGUACCAAUACACGUACAACAAGCACCGGUGCAAGGCAAUCCACCAUAUCCUCAGUCACACACAAAAGCACCACAAAAUAAGCAACAGUCUGGGGGUCAAAAUUUAAGUAAGCCAAACCAAAGGCAUUCUAUUGCAGUAUCGCCAAGCUCAGAAAAGUCGAAUAUUAUGGGAAAUGAACCACCAUCACCAGCAUUAGCUCAUCAGCAUCAAUUUCACAAUGUACUGCAACUGCCCCCACCUCGCAUUCAAAAUCAACGGUCGAAAGUUCCACAGGCACCAACCCAAGAGACGCCUCCUUUCCAACGUCAAAUGUCAUCGAAUACCCCUGAUUUGUCAAGAGAGUCGUUGGAUCUGACUGACAUUCAAUCCCGUCCUUCGCAAGUACGCAAGAAAAGUAUGCAUAAAAAGAAAAAGUUCUGUAAAGGUUGUGGUUUAGAAAUUACCGGGCAAUUUGUUAGAGCUUUGAGUAGUGCUUUCCAUAUCGAAUGCUUCCGUUGUAGUGAAUGUGGCAAUCAGUGCUCUUCUAAGUUUUUUCCAUAUGAAAUGUUGGACGAGCCAACAGGUAUAAAAUACCAAGUUGCUCUUUGUGAAUAUGACUAUUUUAAAAAGUUGAAUCUUAUUUGUUUCAAUUGUAAUAAUGCUUUAAGAGGUCCAUAUAUUACUGCGUUGGGGAAUAAGUACCAUCUUGAACACUUUAAGUGUGCAGUAUGUCAGGUAGUUUUCGAGUCAGAUGAAAGUUAUUAUGAGCAUGAAGGUGCUAUAUAUUGUCAUUACCAUUAUUCUAAAUUAUAUGCAACACAUUGUGAAGGUUGUCAUUCUUCAAUAGUUAAACAAUUUGUUGAAUUGUUCAGAGGUGGAAGGAACCAACAAUGGCACCCGGAAUGUUAUAUGGUCCAUAAGUUUUGGAAUGUUUGCAUAUUAGCAGAUUCCGUUGGUUUAAGACAACAUUUCAAUAUCAAUGACAGUAAUGUUCCUAAUAUUACUAAAUUCCUAAAUGAAUCUAAUUUAAAACCUGAACUUUUAAUAGCUAUAGAACAACAUGUUGAAAAUACAAUCAUGAAUUGUUGGCUUACAUUAUCAGGAUAUGAAGAGACGACAGCAGCCUGCAUAUCUGAUAUGUUACUAAAUGCAUGUACAAGUAAUCAGUCAGGGGGCUUGAUUUCCACUGGUAAAUUAAUUUUGAAUGUGGAAGUAUUAUUCAAUGCUCUUGAUGUCGUUCAGGAUUUGUGUUCCAUCGUUAAUUCAAAUGUGACUUCUAAAUCUACAUCCCCUAACUUAUCUUCUUCUACACACAAUACUGAAAGUUCUGAAGACUUGACUUUCCUAGAGAUGGAUAUUUUCCAGCCCUUGAGAAAAGAGCCAAGGAAUAUAUCAGGUAAGAUUAUGAGUUAUUUAGCAAUAUUGAGAAAGUCGAUACAAACGUCAUUAUCUGGUAGUUUAUCUACAGAAUUGUUAGCUGUUGUAACAGGUUGUGCUCACUAUUUGAAAUUACUUAUUAGAAUUGGACUUAAUAAUGCGUUGAAAGUUAAUAAGUUACAAGGAACUACCGAUGCAACAGAUAAAUUUCUUCACUUGAUGAAAAUAUAUGAAGAGUUUAACAGCAGUAGUGACAAUAAAGUUAAUCGAGAAUUAAUAAAGAGCAGAUUAUCAAUUCCUACAAAUGCUACUGAUUCAUGUCAAAGUUGUCUGAAAAGUAUUGAAAAGUCUUGUAUAAAAUUUGAUAAUAAAAGAUGGCAUACGAAAUGCUUUGUGUGUUAUAGCUGCUCGAAACCAAUAGGAUCAGUUCGUGCUAUUCUAUCUCAACUGGCGUAUAAUAUAUCUAAUUCUCAGGCUUAUUGUCCGGAUUGUUAUAAUAGGAAUGACAAAGCUUUUGUACAAGGAUUUGAAGUAGUAAGUGACUUAUCCCAGUUAGUCUAUUUGUUGAAAAUAGCUUUGUAUCGCUCAAAGUCUGUUAUGAAGGUUGAAAAUAAGAAUAUUUCGCAGGUUAGGCAGGCUUCCUUGAAGCAGAAAAAUAUGUCAAUUAUUGAUGAAGAAAGUGCUGCGAGAAAUGCCACUGCGGACGAUUAUUCGAAAACACUAAAUGACGUUACGAGAUUAAGGACGAGCAGGCAAAGUCAAAAGCUUUCUAAUUCUAUCAAACAAAAUGCAAGAAAGUCUGUUAUUUUGGAAGCCCCAGAAGCUGAUAAGGCUAAGCAAGAUGAAACUAAUGAAGAAGGAAUGGUUGAUGAUUUUGAAGGUAGCAACGAAGAUAUAACUAAUAAACCUAACGAAACUGAAAGGAAAACCAGUGUUUCAUCCCAAUUAUCUUAUAAACAACAAUCAGAAACUGACCAGUUCAAUAUAUCAUCUAGACGGAGUAAAAAAUCAUUAAGAAUCAGAGAUGAACCUCAAAAGCACGCUACUAAUAACAAUCUUGAUCGAACGUCUGAUCUUUUACAAAAUGAAAAAUCGCUAACGUUAGAUGAUAUACCACGUAUUGUGGCAGCUGAGCAAGCGAGAGAGCAGCGUCCAAAUGCAUUUAAACAUCAUAAUUCAUUGUAUCAAAAGCAUGCCCCUAUGGAAUCGGUGAGAACUAUUCCUGCUGCAAGUACCAGUAAUGCAAGUAACCGUAAUAGAAAUAACAGCAAAAGCAGUAAUACUGAUAAUACAGGUAAUGAAAUACUUACACCAGGUGAUGAAGUUUCUUCUCAAAGUUCUAAGUAUUUUUCUGAGUUGAAUAAGUCUGAGCACUUCAUUUUAAGACAUAUUGCGGUUGAGGCAUUAAUUCAGAUUCUGAACUAUAAUAAAGAUGAGUUGCUAGGGUUAAUUCAAACACGUAAGUUACCAACCUUUUGGGAUAAAUUUAAGUUUGGAACAAGCGACCCAAAGAAGGAUAAGCAUUUAAACGUUUUUGGAGUUGAUAUACAAGAUUUAACAAAAAGAUAUGGAGUCGAUUCGGAUCUUGGUGUUGGCCCUUCUAAAUUGCGCAUACCUAUAGUGGUUGAUGAGAUUAUUAAUGCAUUGCGCCAGAAGGAUAUGUCAGUAGAAGGAAUUUUCAGAUUAAAUGGUAAUAUUAAAAAGCUAAGGGAAUUAACAGACCAAAUCAAUAAGAAUCCUCUUAAAUCGGCUGAUUUCAGUUCUCAAACUGCUGUUCAAUUGGCUGCAUUAAUGAAAAAAUGGUUACGUGAAUUACCUAACCCAUUAUUAACCUUCAAUCUAUACGACUUGUGGAUUUCCUCACAACAACAAAAAGAUGCAGCUCUUUGUAAGAGAAUUUUACAAUUAGCGUAUUGUAUGUUGCCAAGAAGCCACCGUAAUUUACUUGAGGUUUUACUUUAUUUUUUCAGCUGGGUUGCAUCGUUCGCUGAAAUCGAUGAGGAGACUGGAUCAAAAAUGGAUAUCCAUAACUUGGCUACUGUGAUAUCACCAAAUAUUCUUAUCUCAAAAAAGGCUUCGCAAUCUGACCAAUCACCUCCUCAAACAGGAGAUAAUUAUUUCUUAGGUAUUGAGGUUGUUAACAAAUUAAUUGAAUUACAUGAAGAGCUUUGUAUUAUUCCGGAUGACUUAUUAUUAUUCUUCGAAAAGUGCAAAUUCAACGAAAAUAAAUCCGAAAACAUAUCAACGAAAGAGAUAAUGAAUAAAUUAGAAAAGACAUCUAAAGAAAACCCUAACUUUUUCUUGAACUUCCAAAUGAAAAAUAAUAAUUUCAGUACUUCGGUGCAGCCUGAUGUUCAAACAAACAAGGUUUCAAGGGGACAUUCGAAAGUGACGAACGAAUCACAUGGCGAAACUUCAAAUGUCCAGCAUCCUUAA